CAUUAUAAACAGGAAUAGUGCUGUUUGUGUAUGUCAAGGUCCAGUGUGCGGACGGCAUGCACGCAUUUAUCUCUUAUGUCGUAAAAACGAUAAACAGUGUCGACGAAUGGUUUAUUUGUAUUAUUUUUCCGAGCUGGCGUCUCAUACAGGCCCUGUUUUGCGCCGCUCUUUGUUAUAAUAUUCGUUGACUUUCACAGGUCGAUUGAAGCCAAUAUGUCGAUGUCUUGUUUUUAAUCAACUACAGGAGAGUUAAUGAAACAAACUGUAUAUAUAUAGUUAAUGUAAACAUUGGUUUAAACCAAAUGUAUAUUAAGGCACGCUCGAGGUCGAUGUGCUAAUGUAGCGUUAGCAAUAUUAGACAAAGAGAAAGCAAGCCAUCAUAUCUCUGUUUACACCAUAUAGAUUACAAUAUUCAGUAGUAUUAUUUGAAACGUUAUGUUUAAAGGAAAUAGGAGUUUCGUUUGUGAGAAACAAGCAUGUUGUAACAACAAAAGCGUCUGUGAGAUACAACGACGCGACGCUUGAAACUGAAGAAAGGCAGAUUUGAUGGCAAUAGAAACUGUAGUACUGAAAUCCAAACGCAGUGUUUUUCUUGUACUUUUAAUCACUGAAAAACAUUUUGCCUGUUGUUUCCUGUAUUUUAUUUACGUCACUGUAGAAUCAAACAUUGCGGCAGCAAAUACACGUGAUUCUAAGUCUCCUUAAAAAAACACAGAAUUCAGUUCCGUGCUGAUCUCAUAACUCAUAACCAGCAGCAGUCAGACGACAAACAUGGAGCAGUACACCACCACCACCACAACUAGUGGAGAGCAGAUAGUGGUGCAGGCCAGCGGUGGACAGAUCCAACAGCAGGGCACAGUGACUGCGGUGCAGUUGCAGACUGAGCCUCAGGUAGGCCAGACUGCAGCCCAGCAGGUCCUUCAGGUAGUCCAAGGGCAGCCUCUUAUGGUACAAGUCAGCGGAGGGCAGCUCAUCACUUCCUCUGGGCAGCCCAUAAUGGUACAGGCCAUGACAGGAGGACAAGGUCAAACCAUCAUGCAAGUACCAGUUUCUGGUACACAGGGGUUACAGCAGAUUCAGUUGGUACAACCCAGUCAAAUCCAGCUUCCUGGUGGACAGACUUUACAACUACAGGGACAACAGGGACAGACCCAACAGAUCAUCAUCCAACAGCCACAGACUGCAGUUACAGCAGGACAGAACCAGGGUCAGCAGCAGAUCACUGUACAGGGUCAGCAGGUGGCUCAAACCGCUGAAGGACAGACCAUCGUUUACCAGCCUGUUAAUGCAGAUGGAACCAUCCUACAGCAGGGAAUGAUUACCAUCCCAGCUGCAUCUUUGGCAGGAGCUCAGUUAGUCUCAGGUGGAUCCAACACAAACACCACCAACACAGGUCAGGGUACGGUGACGGUCACUCUUCCCAUGGCGGGAAACAUGGUCAAUGCUGGAGGAAUGGUCAUGAUGGUCCCAGGGGCCGGCGGGUCGGUUCCCACAAUGCAGCGCAUUCCACUUCCUGGAGCAGAGAUGCUGGAGGAGGAACCUCUAUAUGUCAACGCUAAACAGUAUCACAGAAUCCUCAAGAGGAGACAAGCCCGCGCCAAACUAGAAGCUGAGGGCAAAAUACCCAAAGAAAGAAGAAAAUACCUGCACGAGUCCCGUCAUCGUCACGCCAUGGCCAGGAAGCGUGGAGACGGCGGUCGCUUCUUCUCUCCGAAGGAAAAGGAAGAAAUGGCCAUGCAGGCCCUUAAGGUGAGCGAGGGGCUUGAGCUCAGCUCUCAUUGGCCAGCCACCUCUGCCCCGCCUCUGGGGUAAACUAUCCAAUCCCAGCCCGUGUCCGACCCGAGAGACUCUAUACAUCUAAUUUAAUUUAGGCCAUCCAUACGCAGCGGCUCUGUGUCCGAGUUACCUCAUGCGUCUGUGACACACUCAUGUCCAAACUGUCUCUGUCUGUGACUUAACCAACAUUUCCAACCAAUUAAACUGAACAUGCAUACUAAGUUCUUAGUAUAUAUGUUCUAGUGUAUAGAAUGAGCAAAAAAUACAAUGUACAAAGUAGUUCCCAUGUUUGAUCUGCUAUGCUGCCUUGUAGCUUACUUUACUACUACUUUCUUUAAUAACUUCAUUAUUUAGCUGCAUCUUAGUGUGCAGCUUUAUAGAUUUGGCUUCUUUCAAAAAGCAAUGGUGGUUAGCACAUUUUACCGUCAGUGUUAAAGGUUUCUUGUCUUAAAUGUCUACUACUUUAAAAGGAAAUCUUCAACCUUGACGUCUUCUGUCUGCAUUUCUUCCGUCUGUCCUACCAUGCUGUAAACUUCUACCCAGACUGCUUGUGAUGCUCUCUGAAUGCUGAGAUGUAUUAAGCUGUGUUUAUUUGUCCUUUUUACCAUCUUACUGGUAUGAAUAGCCAUUCAAAAUGAUCUGUUUUCAUUUGUGAUGUAUGGCUUGGCUUGCACCCUUCAAUGCUCUUCUGUCUUCGCCCAAAGCUGUGGCUUUGUUGUUGCUUUUGCCAUUUUAUGUUUCUUACAGCGGGCUGUAUGUGGGCUCUUGUUUGCAUUUAUGUUUGUUACAUGAUUAUAUAUGCCCUUUUUAUGCAAAUAAACCUUUGUUCUUGAUUUAUA